UCCGACUUCGGUUCGAAUGGCUCGCGUUCUCUCGUUCUCUGGGUACAGGAGACGCUUUCUCUUUUAGGGCGUUCAGAGCCUUCGAUCCUGGCAGCACCCGUAGCCAGAGUUCAGUUUUGCAGAGAUUUUCGACCUUUCCGGAUGUUUUGUGGAAGAACUCGCGGGCGUGAACCAGACACCUAGUGGACACCCUGGGAAAGGAUUCCUUUUUAACUGGAUGGCCAUUGUCUGUGGUCGAUUGGAUUGGUGUUAGUGUGUGGCAUUAUUGUGUCAUCCCUUGGAUGGUGGAAGUCGAAGGAGUAAUACAAUAUCUGCGUUAAGGCUGGGCAGGCCUUCUAACAUUCGGAUUAUCUUGCCAAUCAUAUAAAAGGGAAGUGUGUGCCAAAGCUACAGCUUCCUCCACUAAAUUUUCUGGGAGUGAAGUUGGAAGUGUGUUCCUGCUGAGCAAUCAAAACGAACGGAAGCUUGACGACACCCUGCAAAAAAGGGAGGUCCUGUUCUGCAUCAUUUCGGGUGGAGUUGGGUGUAUUCAUCAAAUGAUUUUUUGUGUGCAUGUUUGAUUAUCAUCGAUUUGUGGUUUGACAGAAAGUGAGAAAAUUAAGACCUCGAACAGGAGGAAAGGAGGCUUUCUCUCUACAGUGCGGAAGCUGCGUAGCAUCCCCCUCCCAAAGUUUUCGGUAUCCGUAUUGGAUUUGGCCAGGAAGAAGUGACGUGGCAGGGAAGGGUGCUUCCCAAUUGUGUUUAUCUAGCGGCUGGAAAGUGAAUGAGUGUCGUGUGAAACUUUGUCGGAGCGGAAAUUUCCUCAGAAAUUGUGCGGUGAACAAAGUUAUCUUAAGAGCCAUUUGACGUAGUCAGUGAAAGUGUAGCUACGUGUGUAGUGUAUUGCUUGGAGAACAUCUCUGGCAGCAACAACAAGGGAGUUUCCUAAUCGGAAGUUUCAUUUUUGCCCGAUUCCACUAAGUGGACCAGUGGGAUUUUGGAAAGUGCUUUUGCCGCUCUUCUUGGAUAAUUCCCAUUGUUCAGUGCGCGUGUGAAAGGAAAACUUUGAAAUCAAAUUGAAGUUUCUAUUAAGGCGCCCAGGCAGUCCUCGUCAAUUGGAUACACAACCAUCAUCAUCGUUGCCAGAAGGGAGGUUUGCUGAAAUUGCUGCUCCUGCGUGUGAGAGAUCCCCGAACGCCCCAUCACCCGGACAAGCACGUGUCCCGAACAAGCAACGGCGCUUCUGUCCCAGCUGAGACCCAGUUCGCAUCGCAGAGCAGUUUAUCUUUCAUCCGUGAACAUCGUUAGUGAUAAACAGAAGAAAACCGAGUGGAAAGCCCCGGGAAAACAUUCCGAAGAAAACAAAUUAAUUUCGUGGGAAUUUGUGCGCGAAAGGGAAAACCAAACUAGGUUCCGCUGAAAGCGGUGGUCGUCGGUGGCUGGUUGUUGUUUGAUGAAAAUUCGGUUGGGAAAUUAUUCAAGUGUUUGAGUGAGUGUACCGGCGAAGAACGAAGAAGAUCUCUAAGACGACAGCGAGAGGAGCAAAAUGGCGCGCUUGAAGAGUUGUUACGUUUGGUUGUUGUUUCUAGUGAUUUGCUCGGUGGUGUUGGGUGUUUACUCAGAUAUGUCCGCCACGGCAACGGCGAUAACGACGACGACGUCGACGGCGGAAACCGUGGUUGGCAGCACCAGUGAGGCUGAUGCAGAGAUAAGUGGUGACGAGGGUGCAACGAAGAUGGAACCGGAGGUGUCGGAAAUACCGUCUUCCACAGCGCCCGGUGAGUCGUCAAGUGUCGUUGUCACGAGUGGCCCCACGCAGAUGCUGGAAGGAUUGACGACUGGUACAGCGAUGGAGGUGAGCACUGGUGCAUCAGGGAAGGGGGAUAUUGAGUUGGAAAGUGAGACUCCGGUUAUAAGUUUCGGAAUUCGGUCGUUCACGGUUGAAGUGGGCACUGGGACUGAACGGUCCAGCGAUGAGCCAGUCCUUAUGAAUGCAACCCAACCGGAAAAUGCAACUCAGCAGAGCGAUGAAAGUGCCAUCACCACCACCGAAGUGAAUAUCCCUAGCGAGUCAUUGGGUGACGAGGCAACUACAGCCACUAUCGUGGAGACAGUUUCGACUAUUGGAACCAGUGAAGCCACUCAUGUGGAAAGCACGCCUGGAAAGAGCUUUAAUCAGGAACUGACAAGUGACGCUGAACAAACUGUGGUUACCGUUAAUACAAAGCUUACCAAAGAGAAACCCAUCAAUAUGGAUGAAUCGGACGAAGAGCAGCAUCUUUCUAAUGAAAUUCGAGUCGAGAAGAAGAAUGGUCUGUAUAGAAUCAAAAUAGCGGAAAUCACAACAGAUGAAUUCGAUAAUGGAUUGCACGAAAGCGACAAUGAGAAUAUGCUGAUGCCAGCUGAUAUCAUGGCUGCUCCCAAGUCCAUUUAUCCCAGUAAGAUUAAUAUUGAUGAUUUUUAUCCUUCGAAGCUGGAAGACUUUAAACCCCUGUCUAGCGGUGGAAAUUCCGUUCAAAGAGAGGAGGCAACGCAGGAGAAAGUGCUGCGAGAAAAAGCAAUUUUGCGAAACGAGGAUAAUGAGAAACUUUUCGAAUCAACGAUCAUGAAACCGUCGGAAGUUUUGCCAAUAAUUGACAGCAAAACUGACAGCUCCGACGAGGACCGGAAUGAGGGCGACAAAAAAGGACAAGAUAAUAAUGGUGAUAUUUCCACGACCAAGAUUGAGAUAGAACUAAUCGAUGAUACCUCGGAAACUUCCACCAGCGACGAAGGAAAACCCUCCAUUGACAACAUCACGGAGAAAUUGGAGGAAAACGACGAAGUAAUUAGCAGAAUCGAGGAGAAUUUCAAAGGUUACAAAACUUUCGAGCCACCAGAGGAAGAAUUUCACGAGGAAUCUACACCAAAGAAGAAGGACGAUGAAGUUAUUACCAUUGCCAUUUCCUCGGUGACGUUUUCAUCGUCGCAGCAAUUAUCCACACAAAUGCCACCUACUCUUACGCCAAUAGCCGGAACAACCACUCUAUCCGCACAGGAGGAAGUCCCAAUCCCUGUCAGCGGCAGUGACAUUGUCAAAGCCAAUUACGGCAAUUUGUUCAUUCCGAGGCGAGUGAAGAAAAACGAUCCCACCACAUCCAAGCUGAACGCGUUCAACUCUGCUCCUCUGAAGAAGAUUGAUUUUGCCAAUACAAAAUUCAACACCGACAACAGCGGCUCGGCCCACGAUCCCAAAGAUGCCAGCAAAAAGGAUAAACCGGAAUUUUCCACAACCAAGUUCUACAACAGCAAAGAGCUCUACAGCGAGCUACACCACCAGAUGAUGAAUGAUAGCGACCAUCGUCAUCCCAACCGCAAUUCGCCGGUCGUACCGAAGAAAACCACUGCCAUUGUUUCGGAAAGGGACAUCCUAACCGCCAAAACCCUCUCCAAACCGGCCCAAGUUCAAUCAACGGUAACCGCCAAAAAGCUACCGCCGAAAUCUGUCACCCCAACGAAUGUGCCGCUUCCGCCUCCCCGCCAGGAUUCCAACAUCAAAAAGCAACUCCUGCAGACAAACUUUAUCCCGCGUGAGGACUCCCCCAACCCACAGUCCAGCACCACGAAACCACACGCCAUCGCCGUCGAAAGCACAUCUAUCAACCGUCCGCUCCACCCUCAGGACCAGCAGAAGAAGAUAAAAAGCCUCGGCGCCGCAGCCUCGGCCAUCAUCGCUGCCACCACCAAACUCACCAAGGACAACAGCAAAGCCGCCGCAUCCGCUCGCAACACACCUGCUGCUGCUGCUGUCACGACUAGCAACAGCACCACGGUCACAAACCUUCGCAAACCGCAACCCGCGUCACCGCCCAAAUCCGCCGGACCACCGUCCGUAAGUGGCGAAAAUCUAAUCGCAAGGCCGGCCAUCACACCGCUCUCUCGGUUGCAGGAGAAAAUUAAUACACUGGAUUGCGACAUCCAGGCCGUCUCACCUGACUCGUCCAUCUGGCGGGGCAACGAAACGCACGAUCUCAAUCUACCCAUUACGCAGACGCCGGAGGACUGCUCGGCCGGGUCCAGCUGCAUCCCGACCACAAUCUCGUGGGAAGGCACCGCCGACAUCCAGUCCGGGGACGUGUUGAUUGUGGAGAUUGACGAUAAGCACUUAAUUCCGUCCAAUUAUAACAAAUCGGGUGAAAGUGCCCAUCACACGACGACGGCAGUCUACCAGGUGACACGGCUCGGGCACGAAAAUUGCGACAUCACCGAGGGCGUCCUGCUCGACAUCACCCCGCUGGUCGUGGACGGCAAGAAGCUGGUCACCCUGUACGACAAGGACCUGACGGAGGGAAUUAAUCUGCUAAUUGUGGUCUCCGAGCAGUGGGGUCAUCAGUGCGUACGCCUCAAAGUGACCGUCAAGUCGGACAAUUGCGGUGAAAAUGCUGACUGUUCCGGAAAAGGUGUAUGCUUCUCCAACAACUCGAUGGAAGGGUAUGAGUGCCAGUGUUGCAGCGGAUUUGCCGGAUCACAUUGCGAAGAAAUAGACGCCUGCACUCCAUCGCCGUGCACCAACAAUGGCAUUUGCGUGGAUCUGUCUCAAGGCCACGAAGGAAAUGCCUAUCAAUGUUUGUGUCCUUAUGGUUAUACUGGUAAAAACUGUCAGUUUGAGUCGGAUCCCUGCAACCCAUCACAGUGUUUAAACGGAGGAACAUGCGUUGGGAACUCCACUCAUUUUAGAUGCGAUUGCACUUCGGGCUACACCGGUCCCCUUUGCCAGCACAACCUCAACGAAUGCGAGUCCUCGCCGUGUGUUCACGGAAUCUGUGUCGAUCAGGAGGAUGGUUUCCGGUGUUUCUGUCAGCCAGGAUUUUCCGGUGAGCUGUGCAACUUCGAGUACAACGAGUGCGAAUCGAAUCCGUGCAUCAACGGUGGUCAGUGCAUCGACAACAUUGGUGGCUUUUCGUGCAAAUGCACCCGCGGCUACACGGGAAAACGCUGUCAUAUCAAGGUGGACUUUUGCGCCAAUGACCCGUGCCCGGAUGGCCAUCGCUGCAUAGACCACGGGGACGACUUCACCUGCGAGUGUCCUGGCGGACGCAACGGACCGGAUUGCAAUCAGGUGCCCCGAACGUUGUGCAAUGUGAAUCCAUGCGCAAACGGAGGAACCUGCUGGACUACCGAGGAAUCGUUUUACUGUGCAUGCCGGCCAGGAUUCACCGGGAAAAUGUGCGAAGAGAACUUUGUAAUCGACACGGUUGUCAGCUCGAGCGAGAUGCUGUCGGACAGUCUUGGUCAGAACGGUGCCCACGGCGGUGGAUUGCACUUGGACGGCAGUAGCACCUUGUACGGAGACUCGGAGAACCACAUCGGCAAGCGGGGCAGUGCAAUCGAGCUGCACAACGCGUACAUCGCUGCGGGAACGUUAGCGGCUGCCAUUCUAAUCGUGGUCGUUGUGGUGACCGCAUGCCACUGCAAGGUGCACCAGAGCUAUCGCUACUUCGCCACCAAGCACCGCCAGCUGAUACCGAUCUUUGGCCGCAAAACGAAAGCGUCCUCCGCCAAUCGGCACUGGCUGAGCGGCAAGGGACACCAGCAAGCCACGGCCACCGCCGCCGGCCACAGCAACCUGAACUACAGCUACGCCCACCAGCAUCCGAACUCGUACAGCCUGCAGCCGGAGCGGAUAAUCAACAAACCGCUGCAGAUGAAUCUCGAGAACGACAUGUACUACACAGUGGAUUUCGGCGAGUCGCAGAACGCACCCUUGAUACAGUAAAACUGUGUGUCGGCAACGGUGUGUUAGAGGGAGGAGGAGCAGAGGAGCAGAGUCCGUUUGAAAAUUUCUAAUUUCGACGUUGAGUUCUAUUCAGGCGCUUAUCUAGUGAAAUAAUUACAAGAGGAUCUAAGGUUAUGUGAAAAUGAUAAUAUAAGAGAACAUACGUUAGCCAAAGAGUGGAAGUAAAGAUAACACAGUUCGUUUUAAUUGAAACCGGACACCUGCCAAACCAACAAUGAACAAACAGGCAUGGCAAACCAACUACAUUAAAAAACGAUAGCAGCAGUGAAUGUGGACUCUUGAAAGAAACGAUAAGGAAACAAAACCUGUAACAAACACGCUCCCAAAACCUUAAUCCGAUUAUUUUUUCCGACGCGUGUAGAUUGGUGCAGAGGAAAAAAAAGCUGUAGAAAUAUGAGAGAACAACAUCCGGCGACGAUGAUGUGGCAGCACAGAAAGGUAAGCAAGAGUGUCCGGUGAAAUCCCCAAGCUCAUGUCGUCAUGCGUGAGAACAAGUGGAACGAGAUAGGGUCGAGCACUCCACCCCCGGUGUGCUUGGCGACAAAAAGGAAAGAAAAUGAUGAACCCACUAAUGAUAAGAUUUUAUAUUCCCCGAUGCCAUGGUUGACAAUGUUCGUUGUUUAUGAUUGAGAUAAUAAAAAAAGCUCUAUUUUCGUUUUUGUGAUUUUGAUCCGUUUGUUUUGCACGUGCGUGUAUGUGAGGUGUCUGAGGAAUGAGUCCUCGGCAGUGUGGAUGUACAAGCCUCACAUGUUAGAUUAUAUGAACAAAAAUGGAAAACAACCCGUAAUUUUAAACAAUAAAACAAUACAUUAUUUAGCACUAAGUGAAGAACCGAUAAGUAUUUCAAAUGUGGCUGAAAACAUACGAAAGGAGAUUUUUAUACAAGAUAAGCAGUUGUUGGAAGCGAAGCUUGUAGGAAAAUGAAAGAAAAUAAGUUUUGGAUUCAAACAACGGUGAAAGGCUCAGUUAAGGGGUUGCUGUUUCGAAAAGUUCCUUCCAAGCUGUGCAAAUGAGGAUUGAAAUUUAGUAAGAUAGAUAAAACUAAAAAUUGUGCCAAUACCAUUUAGCGGAAAGAAGGAUGAUGACAGAUGAAGGCUCUUAUUUUGUUUCUUUAGCUUGAAGGAUAGAAUAACUUGACUGGAUCAUCAGAAACAAAUUGGAACACAUAAAAUGAAACCAAAAAAUGGAGAAGAAGAAAUAUAAAAUGAAAAGUGAGGAAAACAAAGGUAAGAAAUGAAAUCAAGAAAUAUAAAAUUAAAAUGUGGAACGCAUUUUUCAUUGUUCUUUGACUUUUUUGAUGAUUCCAAGAUAUUCGUCACUGAUAGGAAGCAUAGCGUUGCUCGAUAGAAACCAUUCUUUCAAAACAGAUAAUCAUUCUUGAAACGAUUGCUUUGAAACAUUUCCAACAGUACAUACAAACAUACAUCUAUAGUAGUAGAAAUUAUCUCCAACGCCCGUCGAAAUGGAGUCAUUUUGGGUGUGCUAAUGCUCCUGCUGCUAUGCAAUGCAACCUUAAAUUCCACCUUGCAUCGCUCCAUUUCGGUUCGGGGCUUAUCUCUACGUCUUGUAUAGAAUUCCAAAAGUCUCCGACAGCGCUAGAAUAGAUUACAUGAAAAUAGACAAAUGUAGAAACGCAGACAAGCGCCAAAGAAAACAGAACAGAACAAUAAACUUUGACGGUUCACCGUGCUCCAAUCUUCCAUUCGUAUCUUAUAUAGCUGAUAGACUACUAAUUCCUUCAAUCCUUGUAGAGAAAUAGAGAAACCGAAGCGUUAGACCACUGCAUCGACAUCAAAUUUCAUUUCACGAAUGAACUCGAACAGAAGAAGAAAGCCCGAAGCGAAUCAAAACUACCAGAUAAUGCCAAAAACAGCGCCAAACGGUCGGUGGAAAAAAGCUAAUCCUCACCGAACACAAAAGCCAUAACAAUAACAAUAUAAACAAAUACUGAGAAAAUAAAGAAAAACAGCAGAACAAAGAGAAAACAAACCGACACCGAGUGAAAAAGUUGCCAAAAAUAACGAACCGAACAACCACACACUGACUGCGAGACUACCGAGGAAAAAGCAUUGGAUAAUAAACGAAAAAAUAUGUACAAUUUGUUUUGGAUUGUGUUACAAUUGGCGAUGAUAUCCAGGAAGCACGAGAAGCACAAGCUAUAAUAUAGGGGGGUGGUGGAAAAUGUGCGAUAUGUUUCACUACUUUUCCGCAACAUCCGCACGCUGACAGCCGCACCAGCUGGGAGCGGCUGCAGUAAACGAUGAAGGACCGCCCACCAUGGGAGAGACCCCACUGACUGCUUUGCUCUGGUGCAAUGCAUUGUUGAAGUUUUUUUGCCUCGUUUUAAACGAAUUUGUUUUUGUUGUUCAACUCAUAUCCAGGGCUUGUUUUCCAAGGGCAAUUGAUACUGUUUAACUGUGUAGUGCUCUGGCAUUGCCAUGGCACGACCGCGAAAAACACGACAACAAACAUGGUUGGUUACAUGAAUGCAUGGAGUGUGGCAGUCGUUAGCACCCACUGACUAGGGUCAUCCAAUAUAGUUG